AUGAAGCAGCUUAUAACGGGUUGCCCACACCUCCGCUCACUGCACUUCCACCUCAAUUCUGAUGAAUACCUCACUAUAAGAGAAGAGGUCUUUCCCCUCCUCUCCCGUCUCACCCACCUCUCCCUCCCUCUCUCCGACCUCCCACCUAACCUCCUUCCCCACCUCUCCUCCCUCCGCUCUCUCCGUCUCUCCCUCUCUGCACCCCACCAUCCCCUCCUCCUCUCCGGUCGCCCCUUCCACUCUCUCCCCCUCCUCUCCCUCCUCCACCUCUCCCUCGCCUCUCCCGCCUCAGUGCUUUCCGAGCCUCUCUCGCCGGACCUGUUUGUGGGGCUCGGCCGGAGCCUGCGGUCCUUGACUUUCCUGGUGCAUGCGAAGCAGAAGGGGGCGGAUGAGGGAGAGGAUGGUGGGGAAGGGGGGAUGGGGAGGAGUGGGGAGGAGGAGGAGGGCGGAUGGGUGGGGGAUGAGUGGGCGAGGGAGGACGAGGUGGUGGGUGGCUUCCUGCGUCGCUCUGGUCGCUCACACGCCUGCAGCACCUCAUCGCGGAAAAAGAAAAUGUCUAAAUUGGUGGUCCGAAGGUUUUUCUACGGAAAGUUUGCGGUUUUGUUGCGCUAA